AUGGACCAUCAAGUCGACCUAGCACAAUACCUUUUCACACGCCUUGCCGAAAUCGGCGUUGGCUCUGUCCACGGAGUCCCUGGAGACUACAAUCUCACGGCAUUGGAUUACCUUGAACCAGCCGGUCUUCACUGGGUCGGAAACGCCAACGAACUCAACGCCGGCUACGCUGCGGACGGAUAUGCCCGAAUCAAGGGCAUCGCCGCUCUAGCCACCUCCUUCGGCGUUGGCGAGCUCUCCACAAUCAACGCCAUCGGGGCCGCCUACGCCGAGAAGGCCGCCGUGGUACACAUUGUCGGGACGCCUCCACGCGCUUCUCGGAACGCGGGUGCAUGCCUGCAUCACUCGCUGGGCGACGGCAACUUCAGGGUCUUUGCCGACAUGUACAAGGCCGUCACGGUGGCCCAAGCCAAUCUCACCGACGCGAACACGGCGGCUCAGCUCAUCGAUGCGGCGCUGAAGGAAUGCCUUUUGCAAAGCCGCCCAGUUUACAUCGAGAUGCCGACGGAUAUGGUUACCGCGAAAGUGGCACCGCCUGCGUCACCGCUCGAUCUCUCCAUCCCAGGCCAUGACGAAGCCUUCGAAGACCGAAUGGUUGGAGAGGUCCUUACCAGGAUGUUGAGCGCAAAGAGGCCCUUGAUACUCGUCGACGGCUUCACCGCGCGCUUCGACAUCCGGGACGAAGUGAACGAGCUGGUGGCGGUGACGAAAUUCCCGACGUUGACCACGCCGUUCGGAAAAAGCAUCGUGCAAGAAACACUGCCCAACUUCCACGGCAUCUUCUCCGGACUCGCUGGCGACCCAGCCCAGCAAAAAUGGGUCCAAGACUGCGACCUGGUCCUCCGCUUCGGCCCCCUCGACUCCGACUUCAACACCUUCGGCUUCACCGCCCAGCCAAACCCCCAAGUCACCAUAACCUUCGAACGGCACUCGAUCCAGCUCCGCCCCACCGAAACCUCCCUCCCCACCUCCUCCCCCAAACCGCCCUCCAUAUCCACCAAAUCGCUCCUCCAAAAGCUCCUCAAGCAGCUCAGCGCCCCCGCGAUCCAGCUCCCCACCCCACACCCCUUCCUCGCCAGCGCAGCGGCGGCGCCGCAAGCCCUCCCACCCCCACCGCCCAGCUCCUCGCCCAUCACCCACCGCGCCUUCUGGCCGCGCCUCUCGGCCUUCCUCCGGCCCGCCGACGUGCUCCUCACCGAAACCGGCACCUGCACCUACGGCGGACAGACGCUCGGGCCGCUACCGCCAUCCACCACCCUCAUCAACUCCGCGAUCUGGCUGAGCAUCGGCUACGCGCUGGCGGCGGCGCAGGGCGCCGCGCUGGCGCAGCGCGACGGCGACCGGCGCGGCCGCACGAUCGUGUUCGAGGGCGAGGGCAGCUUCCAGAUGACGGCGCAGGCGGUCAGCGACGUGGUGCGGAACAGGUUGGAUGUCGUGGUGUUUGUGGUGAAUAACGAUGGGUAUGCGGUGGAAAGGCUGAUUCACGGGUUCGGCGCGGGGUACAACGAGGUGCAGCCGUGGAGGUAUGGGGAGGCGGCGGGGUUUUUUGGGGCGCCCGUGGGGGAGGCGGGGUAUCCGGUGAGGGUGAGGAGGGCGGAGACGUGGGGGGAGUUGGAGGAGGUGUUGGGCGAGGAGGGGGUGGGCGAGGGGAAGGGGCUGGUUGUGGUGGAGGUGAUUAUGGGGGUGGCGGAUGCGCCGGAGGCUUUCAUUAAGUUUGCGGAGUAUAUUGAGAGGAGGAAUAAGGGAGGGGUGUGA